AUGGAAUCAAAACAAAUUCAUAAUAAUGUUAUAAAAUCGGUAAAUACUCGAGAAAUUGUAAUUAGUCAAAUAUCGGGAGGAAGUUUGAAUAAAAUACCCGGAGUUUUUUCAACCGAUUCAAACGUAUCGACGGGUGAUGUUGUCAAGAAGAUUUCGGAUUCUACAGAAAGGAAUGGUCAUAAAGAUGAGAUUACUUGCAUUAUGAUGGAUCCUAAUAAUUCUUCACAAUUAUAUUCUGGGUCUUUGGAUGGUACGGUUAGAAAAUGGGAUUACAAUAAUUCGAAUUUAUUGGAGGUAUAUGAUUUAGGUGUUCCGAUUUAUAAAAUGAUAAUUCUAAUUUCUUAUCCUAAUCAAUUUUUCGUGGUAACGGGGGAACCGAAAAAAAUUGAGAAGAAAAAAGCAAGCAAUGAUAAAAUUCAAGAGAGAUAUGUUCUUUUACAUUUUAAAUUUGACUCACCAAAUAGUCAACCCAAAAUACAAAUUUUAUGUAAAUCUUGGUAUGAUUGCACUGGUUUAGAAGUUAGUAAUGAUGAUGAAUAUUUAGUUAUUACUUUUAUUCAAACAAUUCGGGUGAUCAAGUUGAAAUCAAUUCAAAAUUCAAUCAGAUUGAAAUGGCCCAAAUACAAGCACGGAUCAAGAAUCAGUUGUAUUGCAAUUCAUCCCACGAAAUCAUGUAUAGCUAUUGGAGAUUAUAAAGGAAGAAUUACUUAUUGGUAUUGUCUUAACGAAUUACAGAUUGAAAAUCCCGUUACCUCAUCUGUUCAUUGGCACGCUCAUAAAGUAAAUUAUAUCAAAUUUACGAGUGAUGGUACGUAUCUUCUUUCUGGAGGGGAAGAAGCGGUUCUUGUAUUAUGGCAAUUUGAAACAAAAAAUAUGUCAUUCCUUCCGCGCCUUGGAUCCGAAAUUUGUACCAUUUCGAUAAGUCCUGAUCAAACCUUAUAUGCUGUGGGUUUUUUGGAUAAUUCAAUUAAAAUAUAUUCCGUAAUAAAUCUUGAAAUUAGACAAUCAAUACAAGGAUUAAAAUAUGUGGUUGAACCACGAAAUCAUUAUAUAGUUCUUAAUGGAAUUCCUGGCACCAUCCAAUUUUAUAAUGCUUAUACAGAUAGACAUGUAAUGGAAGUAGAAGUUUCGUUACGAAGCUUAGUAUCUAGAUCAUUUGAAAAAGAAAUUAUAUAUCAUCACGUCCGUCAUGUAGCAUUCUCAUCAAAUGGAGAAUGGAUGGCAACGGUCGAUUCAAGAGAUGAUGGUGUAACAACGCCUGAAUUAUAUUUAAAAUUUUGGCAAUUCGAUCUUUCUUCUCAAACAUAUGUACUCAAUACACGAGUCGACCACCCACAUUUAAAAUCAAUUGUUUCGUUGAAUUUUCAUCGUGGAACAAAUAAUACAUGUCCAAAUUUUAUGACUGUAAGUUUAGAUAAUAAAUUUAAGAUUUGGAAACUCAACAUUGACUCCAAGGAUUCCGAAAAAAAAAUAAUAAAUUGGGAAUGUAACUUUGUUGGCUCCUAUCGACAAGAAACUCCUAGUGUAGCAACUUACUCAAAAGAUGGAUCAAUAUUCGCCAUCGCAUAUGGUUCAAUUAUAACAUUAUGGGAUUCUCGUUUAAAUGUUAUUAAUUAUAGUUUACCUUUAAUUCCGAAUGAUGGAACUGUGAAACAUCUUGCCUUCAUUAAUGAUUUACCAUUCUUGGUAACUACAACGAAAAGACAUUUAUCUGUAUUCAAUCUAUUAACUUGUACAAUUUGGUGGAAUCAAAAUCUUGAAGUUCAUCAUUUAGCUGUUGACCCUAAAAAUUCGAGUUUUGUCGUUGCAUGUAAUAAUGAAAGAUUUGGAGGUAUAAUACUCAAAAAGAUAUUAUAA